UGCCCCAGGGGAUCCUGGGACUAGUCCUCUCCGGAAGAACUCGCUUGGCGUCCAGCACUAGGCUGGUGUUCCAGGCCCAGGCCUAGGCCCAGGCCCAGGCCGGUGUUCCAGAACCUUGCUUGAAGAUAGCCUGGUGGCCGCGGCGACACUCUGGUAACAGCGGAGGGCGCAGCGGCCGAGCCCUGAGGUGCGCGACCUCAUCGCGGAGCGAGCCACGGAGCUUCAGGACGUGGCGGCGCCUCCUCCUUGGCUCGGAGCGGAACUGCUGAAGGAGCGGCCGCGCAGGCCGGACGAGGUGAACCGGGUCAUUUAACUGCCUUGGGUUGAUGAGUCAAUAACUUAUAAGCUGAUUUGAGGUCCACAGCUCUUUGUGGUCCUGCUACACAGCAGUUUUCGGUGACUGGUGUGUCUCCAGGGGUGGCGCAGUGACUGCUUGCCCUUGAUAAGAAAAGCGAGCUUUUGCUGUUUGGACAACCUUGUUUCCCGUGAAACGUUCGGGUUGGAACUUCUUUCUCCAGCCUACGUCUGAAGAGGAAGGCUUUCACAUGAAAGUGUCUCUUGGUAACGCCGAUAUGGGCGUCUCAGCCCACUUGCAGCCGUGCAAGGCAGGAACCACACGAUUUUUUACCAGCAAUACUCACAGUUCGGUGGUAUUGCAAGGCUUUGAUCAGCUAAGAAUAGAAGGAUUGCUUUGUGAUGUGACUCUAGUACCAGGUGAUGGAGAUGAAAUCUUCCCUGUUCACCGAGCUAUGAUGGCGUCUGCCAGUGAUUAUUUCAAGGCUAUGUUCACAGGUGGAAUGAAAGAACAAGAUUUAAUGUGCAUUAAGCUUCAUGGGGUGAACAAAGUUGGUCUGAAGAAAAUAAUUGAUUUUAUAUAUACUGCAAAACUUUCUCUUAAUAUGGACAAUCUUCAGGACACACUAGAAGCUGCUAGCUUUUUACAAAUUUUGCCUGUUUUGGACUUCUGCAAAGUAUUUCUUAUAUCAGGAGUCUCUUUGGAUAACUGUGUUGAAGUUGGACGAAUUGCAAACACCUAUAAUCUCAUAGAAGUAGAUAAAUACGUUAAUAAUUUCAUCCUGAAGAACUUCCCUGGUUUAUUGAGUACUGGGGAGUUUCUAAAGCUUCCUUUUGAACGGCUUGCCUUUGUGCUUUCCAGUAAUAGUCUUAAGCACUGUACUGAACUUGAACUCUUCAAGGCUGCCUGCCGUUGGCUAAGAUUAGAAGACCCUCGGAUGGAUUAUGCUGCAAAAUUAAUGAAGAAUAUUCGAUUUCCACUGAUGACACCACAAGACCUCAUCAAUUAUGUGCAGACAGUCGAUUUCAUGAGAACAGACAAUACCUGUGUGAAUUUGCUUUUGGAAGCUAGCAAUUACCAAAUGAUGCCUUAUAUGCAGCCAGUGAUGCAGUCAGACAGAACUGCCAUUCGAUCUGAUUCUACUCACUUGGUUACGUUAGGAGGAGUUUUGAGGCAGCAGCUAGUUGUCAGUAAAGAAUUACGGAUGUAUGAUGAAAGAGCUCAAGAGUGGAGAGCCUUAGCCCCUAUGGAUGCUCCUCGUUACCAGCAUGGUAUUGCUGUCAUUGGAAACUUCCUUUAUGUAGUUGGUGGUCAGAGUAAUUAUGAUACAAAAGGAAAAACUGCUGUUGAUACAGUUUUCAGAUUUGAUCCUCGGUAUAAUAAAUGGAUGCAGGUAGCAUCAUUAAAUGAAAAGCGCACAUUCUUCCACCUGAGUGCCCUCAAAGGACAUUUAUAUGCAGUUGGUGGGCGCAGUGCAGCUGGUGAACUGGCCACAGUAGAAUGUUACAACCCAAGAAUGAAUGAAUGGAGCUAUGUUGCAAAAAUGAGCGAACCCCACUAUGGCCAUGCUGGAACAGUGUAUGGAGGCUUAAUGUAUAUUUCAGGAGGAAUUACCCAUGACACUUUCCAAAACGAGCUCAUGUGUUUUGAUCCAGAUACAGACAAAUGGACACAGAAGGCUCCAAUGACUACAGUCAGAGGUCUGCACUGCAUGUGUACGGUUGGAGAUAAGCUCUAUGUCAUUGGUGGCAACCAUUUCAGAGGAACAAGUGAUUAUGAUGAUGUUCUAAGCUGUGAAUACUACUCACCAACCCUUGACCAAUGGACACCAAUUGCUGCUAUGUUAAGAGGUCAGAGUGAUGUUGGAGUUGCUGUCUUUGAAAACAAAAUCUAUGUUGUUGGUGGAUAUUCGUGGAAUAACCGUUGUAUGGUGGAAAUUGUCCAGAAGUAUGACCCAGAAAAAGAUGAGUGGCAUAAAGUUUUUGAUCUUCCGGAGUCACUUGGUGGCAUUCGAGCUUGUACCCUCACUGUUUUUCCACCUGAAGAAAACCCCGGGUCACCUUCUAGAGAAUCACCUCUUUCAGCACCUUCAGAUCAUUCUUAGGUCCAAGGUGUAAUACCUUUGCAGUGUGUCGUGGAUAAUUUCAUGCUUCCCUUCAAUUAUAUCUUACAGUGGUUGAUGUAGUUACCACACAAGAAGAUAACUUACGUAAUUUGUCUUGUUUGGCUUAGUAUGUUUGUUAAGUGUUUAACAACUGCAUUCUGAAAAUGUAUUCAACAUACCCAGCUAUUUUAAUGAAAAAAGAUAUGUAGAAAAAUGUUUAAGUUAGAUAGGUUUUUGUGGUGUUACAUAGCAAAAUUGUAGGUGACUGUAGUAAGUGUAUAAUUAUAUCUAUGCUAAAAAUUGAAAAUUUUUAUCUGACUAAAAAGCAUCAAAGGAGGCCAUCUAUUCUAAUCUGAAAAAAUAAAAGGUUGUCAAGUAUUACUAGUUGCCUUCCUGCUUGCAUAGAGUGUUUCACAUAUCUGUCAGCUAUUUUGGUUGUGUGGCUGCACUUAGAAUAACCUAAAGUCAAGAUUUGGAAUCUCAGAAAGCAAAAAA